GCGAGCCGCUGCUGCGCGAGAGCCAGAAAUCCGCAGCUGAGAAAAUCCAGAGAUCAGGAAUGAUGUGGCGAGCAGGGAUUAAACGCCAACGGGAAAAUUCCGGGGUGCACCACCGCUCCAAAUUUUCACGAUCUGCACGAAUGCUUUAGUGAUCGACCGCGUUUUACGUGGGUUUGGCUUGAACGUUGCAAUAACGGCUGAUGGAAGAUGCAGAGCUCGUCACCCUGGUCGUGUCCGGCUUUUAACGGAUAUUGUCCUUAUAUUUGUCUGCAUUGAUCGGCUGCUUUUUAACUUCGUUUCUCGUUAUUUUUUUUUCUUCCGAAAACUAUCUCGUGCCAGUUCAGUUCUUAUUGGAAACAUUUAUUUCAUUAGAAAAUCUGUAUUUUGCAUGUCGGGGCCAAAGCGACAGCAAUGUCUCUAGUGAACCGCAACGGAAAAGCCUAACGGACGAUGAUGAAGACCGAAUCCUCAUCCUCUAAACCAGCUAGCACCACGCUUCGGAGCCCCUCUCCGCAUCGGAACGCGUAUGAGGCGGGGAUUCAGGCGCUGAAACCGGCCAACGAUAUUCUUAACAACGCCGCAAACGGCGACGCUCAGGAUGGCAAAGCGAAGCCUUCCACUCGCGGUCGCACGUACGGCUCGAACGUGCACCGCAUCAAGAACAUGUUCAUGCAAAUGGGCGCAUCCUCUCCGACGGAGGGAGAGGCCCCGACCAAGGCGAACGGCGACAGCAAACCCGUUCGCCUUGCGCUCCCCAGGGCUGGAAGUCUGAACGAGAACGUGGAUCACAGUGCGCUACUGAAGCUCGGAGCCACGGUGUCGGAGCGCGUACACCGCUUUGAUCCCAAAGCGGAGGGCGGAGAUGCGAGAGGGUCCUCCAGUUUCUCCAAACUGCAGGAGACGCGCAAGAUAUUUGAACAGCAGCACCAAGAGAAACAGGCGGCUUCCAACCGAAUCUUCCUCAAGAAAGAGCGCGCUGCCGGCUUCCAGGACGGGCGUUUGGAUGUGGUAGCUCGCUUUAACGGGAGCACGGAGUCGCUGGACAGUCUGGAUGCAGUCGGCGGAGCCGGCGAAGCCGUGUCACCCACCGUUAGCCAGCUGAGUGCCGUGUUCGAGAGGGCCGCGGAGCUGCGCAACAACCUGCACCGCCUGUCCAACACGCCCCCGCCGCCGCCGCCGUCGCGCGGAGUCACAGCCCGCGCGGGCGCGCUCAACUCCAAGAUCAUCACUAAAAGAGUGCGCACCUUCCCCCCGGGGGCUAACAAAGAGGACGAGGCGGACGAACGCCGGGAGCAGGAUGGGACGUGCAAGACGCUUAAGGACAAAGAGCAGGCGCUCUACGCGGAGAUCCGGAGAAGGACGGGAGACAGUGUGGGAGACUGCCACAGUGAGUCUCAGGCCGCUGAGAAGGCUUUGUCUGAGCCGGCCGGCGACGCAGCUGUUAUCCAAGCCGAUGCCCAUGCGUCUCUUGCUAACGGGACCGUGUCCACCAGUGAGGAGUCCUUGGUGCCAGGUUUGACCCAAAUGAGUGUCAACGACGCCGGGCAGGCAGAGGAUAGCGGCUUGACGUGUCACCCCAGCCGCUCCGUGGGGGUCAGCAAGGAGGAAGACGAGGACGACGAGGGCACCCUUAAGGAGGACUUCUCUGGCGCCGACCUGGUGGACAUUAGCACCUACAGCGCCGUGGGGGAGGACUCGGGGGACAGCCAGCCGGAGGACGAGGAAGAAGAGGAGGAGGAGGAGGAAGAGGAGCCGUACGAGGCAGAGUCCGGCUGCACAGAGGUGUCAGGACUCCCCGUGGAGGAGGACCUGCCCCCGAGCCGCAAGAUCGGCUUCAGCACGGCGCCCAUUAAGGUUUUCCUGACCUACUCCAAUGAGGACUAUGACAGGAGGAAUGACGAUGUGGACCCCAUGGCUGCCUCGGCCGAGUAUGAGCUGGAAAAACGAGUAGAGAAGCUUGACCUCUUUCCCGUGGAGCUGGAGAAGGACAGAGAUGGACUGGGCAUCAGCAUCAUCGGCAUGGGCGCAGGAGCAGAUAUGGGACUGGAGAAGCUGGGCAUAUUUGUGAAAACUGUCACUGAAGGAGGGGCUGCCCACCGGGAUGGCAGGAUCAAAGUGAAUGAUUUGAUAGUGGAGGUGGAUGGAACCAGCCUGGUUGGAGUGACUCAGAGUUUUGCAGCCUCCGUGUUAAGGAACACAUCCGGUACAGUUAGGUUCACAAUUGGUCGAGAGAAGCCGGGUGAGCAGAGCGAGGUGGCCCAGCUCAUCCAGCAGACCCUGGAGCAGGAGCGCUGGCAGAGGGAGAUGAUGGAGCAACGCUAUGAAAACUACACGGGAGAUGAAGAGGAGCCGGCGGCCUACGGCACUGAUGAGGAGGAGGAGGAGGAGGAAGAUAUGAACUCCACAUACCCCAACGCCAUUGAGGUGUUUGACCUGGCCGAGAACGAGGACAUGCUUUCACCUGUGGAGGUGGACCCUGAGAAGCUCGCCCACAAAUACAAAGAGCUUCAGAUCAAGCAUGCCGUAACUCAGGCCGAGAUCCAGCAGCUCAGGCGGAAGCUGAGCCACGCAGAGCAGGAGAAACAGCGCUGGCGUGGUGAGAAGACCCAGCUAGAGAAGAGCGUGCAUGAUAACCGGGAGCGGAUGGAAAAGCUGGAGGGUUAUUGGCUGGAGGCACAGAGCUUGUGUCAGGCCGUGGACGAACACCUGAAGGAGACCCAGACACAGUAUCAGGCCCUGGAGCGCAAGUACAGCAAAGCCAAGCGCCUCAUUAAAGAAUACCAACAGAAGGAAAUUGAGUUUUUAAAGAAACAGACAACUCAGCGGAUGACUCUGGAAGAGACAGAAGCGUCACACAAAGAGGAGGCUGAACAGCUCCAGGACAAGGUCACUGAUCUGGAGUGUCAGGUGGAAGAACUUAGGUCACCAGAACUUUUAUAAGAAUGGUUUAUAAGAACCAUUUUGAACUACUGUAAGAGAAGAGGUGCUGCAAGAUAUGAAGAUCAGACAGCGAUCCACUUAACUCCCUACGAUUUUAUCUCCAGGGUUCUUUCUUGUCUUGAACAUUUCCUAUGUGAAUAUUCCUAUGAUCAGUGUUAGUUUGGUUUCUUUUACCUGCAACCCUGUCACACAUCAGAUGAACUUCACCUUGGUCAUAUUUAACAGAUUCAGACUGUUCCUGAGUCACUUGACUUUCUUGAGUAAAAACCCAUUUGAGACCUACUAGCUGAUGAGUCUGGUCCUACUUUUACCUGCAGAAGAUGUUUCAGAAACUUGGACUUGGUGGUUUGCCUUUGCAAAUACGACCCAAACAUCUUACUGUAUGAUCUUCUAACCAUUUCCGUUCAUUUGUUUCUACCGUGUUUCUUCUGCAGUGGCAUUGGUCUUUAUGUGGUAAGUCCAUCAUGGCAAGUGUGAUUUGUAUAUAUUCUUUAUAAAUAUAUAAUAACAUAAUCGUAAUGUUUUAAAUCUCUUGGGCAAAUUGGUAAGCACAUGCUUCUGGGUGGAACUGUGCGUUUUAAAAAUGAAUUUGUAGGAAAAUGAAAAGGCCUCUCAUUAAUCCCGUCUCUUGAAGGUAACGCUAAGAUUGAGUAGCGUAUGACAUACGACGAUGUAGCCUCCCGCCAAACGGCCGUUUCGCGUUCCUGCAGACGUCCGAUUAUCUUGGCCUUAACAUAUCUCCUCUGCUUACAGCAUCCACACCUUGAUUCACUUUCUGCUUCUCAAGCCAUGUGUUCACUGUACACUCUGCCCAGGGCUUGGACCUUAAAAACCAACCGUUGCCUUUCAGUGUUAGACCAGCGGGAAGAAGUGAUGCGGGCUUCCACUACUCCGGACGUCGCUUAAACGGCUAAUGUGUGCAAACCAGUCAAGGCCGGUUAGCAAAGGGCUCGCGUGCGCAUCGCUAACUAGCUCCUGCUAGUUUUCACUCAUCAAAAACCUUUUAGCAGCUUUUCCGAUACAAAUUCCUUAAAAGAAUACAGGCUCAGAUGUGUUUUCUAGUCAUGCUAGCUGUUUAGAAACCCGCUCCCGCUCCCUAGUGAAGAUCAGUUAGUUUUAACAGUGAUCAACCGUUUCCCAGUAAGCCUGUUUAUUUUGUGUUGUCUUACUGUGAUAGAGAACAGACAUGGAGAAAACGAUUGCCAAAUUUCUAUAGCUCGUUCUCCUUUUUCCUCUCUUAAAUAAAAGCUGUUAUUUUGUCUGGCAAGAGUAGAUAUAAUUUAAACAAAGAGGGGCUGAAGAUCUGUGUGCAUCUUAUUUCACAGCAGCAGCCUUUAAAGUAGGUAUUCUUUCAUGAUGGAAAGGUUUAAAAACUGGUGACAAACUGAACCACAUUAAAAAGUAUUAGUUGGAUAUAUGCUGACUGUCAUACCAUCUGCAAUAAUGGUAAAGUGAUUGUCAAGAAACAGUGAAACAGCACGAAUAUCUGUGAAAAUGUAUCCAUGCAAUACAUGUGAAGGUAACUGGAAUUAUGCUUGUGAAGUAGUGCUUUAGAUUCCGCCAUUAGUCUCCGAACAGUGGUUGACAUGAAAUUAGGCAUGUACUAAAGAAACAAAAUGGGAGGGGCUUGUAUUGAACAAGUUGAAGAGUUUUGUUAACGUACUUUUCUGAAAUAAACGGUCAACAGUGAA